GAAACCAUCCAGAGAAUCAUCACCAACCUGAAGAAGAUGAACACUGAUAGAAUCUCUACUGACAGAAGAAUCAACAUCUUCUACUGUCUGGUGGAGAUGAACGACGUCUCAUUUUAUCAGGAGAUCCAACGGCUGCUGGAUUCAGGGAAGAAGCUCUCAGUGACUGACUGUUCAGCUCUGGCCUUCAUGCUGCAGAUGUCAGAGGUUCUGGAUGAGUUGGACCUGGAGAAGUACAACACAUCAGCAUCAGGACGACUGAGACUGCUUCCAGCUGUGAGGAACUGCAGAAAGGCUCGACUUGGUGGCUGUUUGAUCCAAAAGGCUGAUUGUGAAGUUUUGGCCUCGGCUCUGAAGUCCAACCCAGAUCUGACUGAACUGGAAAUAAAUGAGAUCUUCAUAAAUGUAGGUGGAGACUCUGAUCUGAAGCGUCUGGUUGAGAUCCUGGAGAGUUCAGUCAGUAAAGUGAAGAAUCUGAGAUUGUGGAACUGCAGUUUGUCAGAGACCAGAUGGACUUCUCUGUUCUCAGCUCUGAAGUCCAAACCGACCCACCUGACAAAACUGGAGCUGAUCGGAACCAACCUGGAAGAUUCUGGAGUGAAGGAGCUCUGUGGUUUUCUACAGACUGAAGGCUGCAGACUGGAGAUAUUGAAAUUGAGGAAAUGCAGUUUGUCAAAGAUCAGCUCUCAUUGGUUUGAUCUCUACGAUUUCAUCGGACCUCCAUCCCCUGGAAAAGUUGCGAUGGCGGAGCGGGUUCUGGUGGUAGGAGGCGGGGGACGGGAACACGCGCUGGCCUGGAAGCUGGCCCAGUCGCCCCGGGUCCAGCAGGUUCUGGUGGCUCCCGGAAACGCAGGAACCGCCAGCUGCGGCAAGAUCAGCAACUCUGAGGUGUCGGUGAGCAACCACAGCAUCCUGGCUCAGUUCUGUAAGGACCACCACGUCGGUUUGGUCGUAGUCGGACCCGAGGCGCCGCUGGCAGCAGGAAGUAGUGGAAUCCAAAAAGUGUUCCUCCCAUCAUUUGGUGAAGCUCCUUGGUUUGAUCUCUACGAUUUCAUCGGACCUCCAUCCCCUGGAAAAGUUGCGAUGGCGGAGCGGGUUCUGGUGGUAGGAGGCGGGGGACGGGAACACGCGCUGGCCUGGAAGCUGGCCCAGUCGCCCCGGGUCCAGCAGGUUCUGGUGGCUCCCGGAAACGCAGGAACCGCCAGCUGUGGCAAGAUCAGCAACUCUGAGGUGUCGGUGAGCAACCACAGCAUCCUGGCUCAGUUCUGUAAGGACCACCACAUCGGUUUGUCGUAG